UAAAAAAACCCAUGUAGGCAAAACACUGUGAUACAAAUACAAAUAAUUUAUUUGUCUUUCAAUCAAUGAGUUUGGGAGGGGUGAUUGUAGAAAUGUGUGUGUGCUACGAGUCCAUGUUUUAAUUAAUUACAAGUAGCAGUAGUGAUUCAGUGGAAAUGUGUUCUUGACUACCGUUUUACACAUAUUGUACCCUGUAUCUUCCUUGUUUCGCUUCGUUUUGGGCGUUGAUAAUCAUGCAAAAUGGCCAACGAUAUGUGGUCAUGUACCUGUUGUACCGAAGCCCUAACGUGUUGGCUGAGGCUCAAGCUGUCGCCAGAAGAAAUAGAGCAACGGUACAGGAGCAAAGAGAUCGACAGGAUACUUGAGAAGGACAAGCAGGCGCUGAAACGGCAGGUCAAACUGCUGCUGCUCGGCGCGGGUGAAAGCGGCAAAUCAACAUUCCUGAAGCAGAUGAGGAUUAUACACAAAGUGAAGUUCGAGCCGGAACUAGUGCGCGAGUACCAGCACGUGAUCUACCAGAACAUCGUGAAGGGGAUCCAGGUGUUGGUGGACGCGCGGGACAAGCUCGCCAUCCCGUGGGAAAACCCCAGGAAUCUGGACCUCGGCCAGCAAGCGCUGCACUUCAACAGCGCCGCGUCGCUGGACAGCCGGCUGUUCAUGCAUUAUGCACCACACAUACAGUCCUUGUGGUUAGACAGGGCCAUAAAGAGAGCCUAUGACAGACGGAGAGAAUUCCAAUUGAGCGACUCAGUGAGCUACUUCUUCGAAGACCUCGAGCGCAUCGCCCGGCUGGACUACGUGCCGUCGCACCAGGACAUCCUGCACUGCCGGAAGGCCACCAAGGGCAUCUCCGAGUGCACCAUCAACAUCAACAACGUGCCCUUCGUGUUUGUAGAUGUUGGGGGGCAGCGGACGCAGCGGCAAAAGUGGACGCAGUGCUUCGACUCGGUCACGUCGAUACUGUUUCUCGUGUCGACGUCGGAGUUCGACCAGGUGCUGUCGGAGGAUAGGAAAACUAACCGGCUAGAGGAGGCGCUCAACAUCUUCGACACGAUCGUGAACAACGUCAACUUCAAAGGCAUUUCCAUUAUCCUGUUCCUGAACAAGUCGGACCUGCUCGCGAGGAAGGUCGCAAGCAAAGACACGGACAUCCGCUGGUACUACCCGCAGUUCGCAGGGGACCCACACAACUUGCGUGAUGUCCAAAUGUUCCUACUCAACAUGUUCGCCAACGCUCGGAGGGAACCCAAGACAACCCUUUACCACCACUUCACAACAGCCAUAGACACUCACAAUAUAGAGGUCGUCUUCAACUCGGUAAAGGAUACGAUUCUCAACAGGAACCUCGAAUCUCUCAUGCUGCAGUGACAUGGAUUUUAUGUGAUACCACGUUCAAAGCAUAAUUGUAUUUUUAAGGAACUGUGUAUGUAUGUAUGCAUAAUAGUGAAAAGACAAAAUAAUGUGAUUGUAUAAUAUGUACAGACCUUUAAAGGCCUAUAUGUAACGUUUAUAGGUGUCUUAUAGGAAGUUUUGUACGCUGUAUUUGAGUGUCAAAUACGUAUGAGAUAGCUAUGUGUAGUAUUUAAAUGUAACAAUUUGUAUAUCAGUAUAUUAAUGACCAAAAAGUAGAUUUUGCACAUGAAAUGUAUUAUAUUGAACACGUUGUAUGAUUUUUUAAUGUGUAUAAGCGGAUGGGUAAUCUGACAUUGUAUACUAUUGGUGUAAUGACAUGUAUGAAUAUGGUAAUAAUGUAGGUAAACUAUUCAACUAUAGGCCGCUCGAUCGGAAUCUUAUGGUUGUAACUUAUCUGUCGUAUCUACGCAUAUACUCACUGUGAAGUCUGAAUCACCAUAGCUUCAUAUAUAGUCAGAUUUUCAUGUAUACGUCCGUAUGUAUAAGCAACAUUCCUCAAACAAUGCAGCAACUUACAUAUACGGCGGCUAAGAUCUUUCAGAGACUUCAGAGAGCUUCUAUGACAUCAUAAAUACAUAUAACGCAAUGAGUUAGAAUCGUGGUAGCGAUAAAUCAUAAUCAAAAGCGACACAAAGCGAACAGAUAAGUUGCAAACACAGAAACUUCACCAUAGAUCUUCCUUCAAAUGUAGGAACAGAAGGGUAGCGCGCAAUGGCUUUUAGAUGAUACGUAGAAUAGGCAAUAAUUGAAAAGGUGCUUAAAAAUUUAUAAAUGCUCAUUUCCUACUGAUGCCUGUAGAAAGUUAUGCAGAGUGAAAUACUUUAAAGCGAACAUUUUAUAAUAUUUGUAUCGGAAUUUUGCACGACUAUACUGCAGAGGGCACAGGGUGCCUGGCGUUGGAAUUUGAGACUAAACUCGUAUCUUGCGGUAGGCCUAAUAUUGCGUGGAGUCCAUUGUUUGCAAGAAUCUUGCCUCAGCAAGACUAUGGACAUGUUACAAAAUUCAUAUUCAUCUAUAAAAGUUCUGAAUGAAUGUAAUCUGCUUCAAUAUAAAAUAAUUAUAUAUUUUUGUAAUGAAAUUGGGCUCAAACAUAUCGUGGCAAUAAAUAAAGUUAAAAAAUAGUUAAUUGUAAAUGUUAUAACGAAUGCAUCCAACCAGGCCUAGGUGUUUAUCCAAACCUGGCAGUAAAGAUAUAAAUUAUUAUUAGCAAUGCCAGGAAAUUGAAAUAAAAUACUUAUUGAAUAAUAAAUAAUAGCGCGAGGAAGAUAUUAUUGGGAAGUAAUAACAGGUGCCACCUAAACGGGCUCAAUUUAAUGAUGUACUCACUUAUUUAUACAUGUAACAAUGGUAAAAAUAAUUCAGUAGAUGGCAACAUCGAUUGAAUUUAACAGUCCGUGGGUCCGAGUUACGGAUGCUGUUUGUAACUGUGAUUUAUUUUUUUAUAAAUAUUAGGCUGUAAACAGCAACGAAAUUUUGUAAGAAACAAUUUUGACAAAUCAGUUGAUUCUGAAGCAACUCAUUUAAAAUGGAGAGCUUUCAAAACAUAGUGAAUUCAUAGGGAAAUUACAUCUGCACAGCCAAGGAUGUCAGUGAUUUUGCAAGUAUGUACGGUCAGCUGCACAAGUAGCUACAAGUACACUUCUUUACCUUGUCUAACUGGCGUGGCGAACCGUCUAUGUUUCAGUGAAUUGAUAGGCGGUUUCAGAUUGACAAGGUACAAAAGUGUAUAGCUACUUAUGCAGCUGUACCUACAGUCAGAUUCCUAAAUAUAUACACUAUUGUGCCUUGUCAAACUAACAAACCGUCUAU